AUGUAUGGUAGCAAACACAGAACAACUGAUGGUCUGUACGAAACCCGGAAAGACGGUAGCGGCUAUUCGUCAACAAAACGAGAGUGGAAUUUACAAACACAUGGAUCUAACGACGAAUCAUCGAAUCAUCGAAAAUAUGUUCGAACACAAACUUCUUCAAAUAAUCGAAUUGUACCAUCGUCGUCGUCCUCACAGCAGCAACGUCAAAAUGGUGACAAAGAUAAGAAAACAGUUAAAGAUUCAAAAAAGCCGCUUCGUGUAUCUGGUGAUUGGUCUGAAUUUAAAAGUUCAACAGGCAAAACAUAUUUCUAUAAUUCUAAAACCGAAAUUUCUCAAUGGGAAAAACCAAAAGGAUGGUCGACAGAUGAAACAUCUUCUUCAUCGACUCGAUCAAGUUCUACAUCUACUUCCAAUGAUCGAACGAAAAAAGAAUCGACAAAUUCCAGUAUCUCACCCACAAUUCGUUCUCGACAUAAGGUGGAAGAAUCAUCACAAAAUUCCCGUUCAAAUAUUAAAUAUCAUCAAAAUGGUGAUAUACAUUCUCAAACAAUAAAUAAUCCUAAUCAUGAAUCUAAUGAAACAUUAAAUAAAACGUCUAAUGUUCGUCUUCCUAGUCCAAGUGAUGAUAAUUCACAAAUGUCAUUUUCGUCGACUAAUAGUAAAGAAUCAUCAUCUGUAACCAUUUCCGAUCGAAAUGGAAGUAUUUUACAUUCGUCAUUAUCUGAAUCUACUAUUUCAGUUUCUACUCCAGUAUCUGAUAUACCGACUAGACAAUUUGAAAAAGAUUCGACCUCUUCCAAUGAAACUGACAUGAAAAAUUCAACAACUCGAUCAACUUCUCGUACUAUAUUAAAAACAGACCAAACUUCUGUAACUGAAUCCUCUAUUCAUACUGUAUCAAAAGCUGAACGCGAUCAAGAAAUUCAAAAAUAUUAUCGUAGUGAUUUAAUUAAACAUUUAACUGAUUGGCCAUCAUCUCAAUUAGAAAAACAGUGUUUGAAACUUUUCGAUGAUUAUUAUCGUUAUAGUGCUAAAAUGUCGACAGCAUUUAUUGAGCUUAAAGCAUUAAAAUCGAACUUUCGCAUACUUGAAAUAAAACGAAGUAUUUUAACACAAAGACUUCUCCGGUGUCAACAACAUAUUAAAAAACGAGAAGAUGAUAAACUAUUAUAA